CGCCCCGCCGUGCAGCCCCUCCGAUGGCAUCCCCGGCAGCGGAACCCUCCGGUGGGCGCCCUGCCCUGCCGCCGAGCUGCACCCGGCCCUGUCCCGCAGCCCUCCCCGGCACAGGGCCCUGCGAAAGAGGAGCACGACAAAUUCGGCGGAAACCUUCGGAUUUUAUUGGAAAGGAAAGGUCUGCCUUACCUGGAACCAGGUUCUCCCCUUCUUCCCCUCAUUAAAAAAAAUUAAACGGCUCUGGGUUGAGCCGAACAGAGACAUUUAAAAUAACGGAGUAGCCAAAUUAACAGGAGGUAAAAAUAGAUGAAAAAAUCAAAAUCUUAGGGGCAAGAAAGAAAAAAAAGAUACCGCCGGAUAUUUUUCGUUUUGUUUUUUUUUCGCUUAUUCUUAUUUUUCACUAUACUGUGUUAUCCUGAUGCAAUAAAGGCUGCUUUGUAAUGUAAUUUAAAAAUAUAUAUGUCCAAACAAAUAGCAGGGCCAGAAUAUGACAAGUGCAUUCAGCAUUAUAAUUCAAGUGGGCUCCACCUCCAUACCGCCUCCUAAUUAAUGGGUCUCCGAACUUGCAAAAGCCUGCAUUGGACAGAGAGGGAGAGAGAGAGGGAGCGAGAGAGAGAGAGGGCGAAAAGUGUCAUUGAAGAUAAUUGAUUACCUCCCAAUCAACAAUAACUUGUUAGCAAUAGUCAAUUACCCCGUCUCUUCUCGUCUCUUUCCCCCUGGUCCGAAGGCUCGGUGCGAGGGCUGCUCUCCCCCUCUCCGAAGUCUGCUUUUGAAUUUUUGUCUUUUUUUCCUUCCUUUUUUUUUUUUCUUUCUUUUAAUUAUUUGGAGGGGUAUUCGCUUGGGGGGGGGGGGGGGGGGGGCAGGGAAAGUGCUGUGAUUUGGGGUGUUUCUUAAAAUAGCAGCUGGGAAGAGGAAGAGAGAGGAGAGCGCGAGCGAGAGGAGAGAGAGAGGGAAAAAAAGAUCCCCGACCCAAAACCCUGGGACAGGAGGUGCGGCAGGACCACCUCCUGGCGAGGGACCGACGGCAGCUCCGCUCCCGGCCGCAGCCCGCCGCCCUGCCCGCCACCCGACGUGGCUCUCCCCGGGAGGACCCGGGACUCCUCCGCCGGAGUUGGAGGUGGGCUUCAACUUUUGCUCGCUGUCUCCGUCGCCCCGCGGUCCCGCCGGGGGCUUCUCCCCGCGGCAGCGCAUCCCCGUCGCAGGUGGGGAAGGCAGCCCCGCGUGGCCCGGCCCCACCAUGACUUCCAAAGAAGAACCCAAGCCCUCCUCGGGGGAAGAACGGCGGCGGAGCCCCUUGGAUCACCUCCCGCCGCCGGCCAACUCCAACAAGCCCCUCACCCCCUUCAGCAUCGAGGACAUCCUCAACAAGCCCUCGGUGCGGAGGAGUUACACGCUCUGCGGAACGGCCCACCUCCUCUCCGCCGCCGAAAAGCAUGCCCCGGCCGGGCUGCCGCUCUCCGGCCGGGCGCUGCUCUCUCAAACCUCCCCCCUCUGCGCCCUGGAAGAGCUGGCCAGCAAGACCUUCAAGGGGCUGGAAGUCAGCGUACUGCAGGCGGCCGAAGGCAGGGACGGGAUGACGAUCUUCGGGCAGAGACAAACGCCGAAGAAGCGUCGAAAGUCGCGGACGGCCUUCACCAACCACCAGAUCUACGAGCUGGAGAAGCGGUUCCUCUACCAAAAAUAUCUGUCGCCGGCGGACCGGGACCAGAUCGCCCAGCAGCUGGGGCUCACCAACGCCCAGGUCAUCACCUGGUUCCAGAACCGCCGCGCCAAGCUCAAGCGAGACCUGGAGGAGAUGAAGGCCGAUGUGGAAUCGGCCAAAAAGCUGGGCCCCAACCCCGCCGUGGACAUCGUAGCCUUGGCCGAGCUGGAGCCCAGCGCCGAGGGAAGGGGCAAGGCGCGGACCGGUUCCCCGCCACCACCUCCUGCCGCCGCCCGGGAGCCCGGAGCCCCGCCGCCGCCCCGCCCCACCUCGCCCCCCACGGAGCGGCCCCGCAGCCGCCGGGACAGCGAGGAGGAGGAGGACGAGGAGGAGGAGGACGUGGAGAUCGACGUGGAUGACUGAGGGGCUGCCGGCGGGGUUCCCCCCUACCCCACUACCAAGCACCCCCCCCCAGCCCUGUCUUGCCCACCCUCCCCCUCCAGCCCCAGAUUGGCACCCCCGGCCCCCCAGCCCGGCCCCGGCAGCGCGGCGAGGCGGCUGCUCCCGUCGGUCGGAGCAAUAAGCAAUAGAAACCCACCAUACACACACUCACACAACCACGAAUUAAUUUAGGGUAGAGUCGAUAUCCCUCCGCCUGUCACAUCUUCGGAAUGGUGCAAUUACGGACGGCUUCUGUAUAAAUAUUUAAACGUAUAUAUUGUUUUUCCUUCCCCCCCCCCCCCUUCUUUUUGAGGCUUUGAUUUUUAUUUUUUUUUAAUAGCUACCAAUGACAUUAUUUUGUCUGUAAGGGAGAUGAGUAACCUUGGAAUAAACUCGGCUUCUUUGGGUAGGCAGUUGCUUUCAAAGACUUCCGAAACGAACCACUUUAGGGAAGAUUUAAGUUAGACUCAAAACGGCAACAGCAAAAAUUAGCCACUUGCCUUUCCUUGCAUGUUUCAGAUGUGCACGAAGUGAUUAUUAUUUUUUCCUUCUAAAAACAUUUUUUUUUCGCAAUCUUGGGAACUUGGGGAUGGGUUAUAAUGCAAGCUGAAAACAAUAUAUACUUUCUUUUUUUCCUAGAGCAUAGAGAUUUGUCUCCAAUGCAAUUUCUGCCUCAUUUUACCAAUUAAAAGCUAUUUUUACCAUUUUCUGCUAUUGUUGUGCUUUUAUUAAAAAGCUGCCUUUCGUAUUUUUGAUAUGAAGGUGGUAACAAAAAAAAAAAUAGAAAGAAAAUGAAAAAAAAAUCCUAGAAUUAUUUUUUACUCUUUUUAGAAUUUUUGCAUGCUAUGGAAAUAAAAAAAAGGACAAAUCCCAAGAUCAAUACAUUUAAAUAUUACACUAUAAAUUAAAUAUAUGUACAGAUUUAAGACCUGUUUUUGUUUGAAUUGUACAAAUUUUAAAAGGCCUGCUAUUUAAGUUCCGAUAGGGACAAUGUCGCUUUAUUUACUGUCUCUUAGAAUUGUACAGAUAGCUCUUUUUUCCGAUACAAUAAAAUCUUUACCAUUUUAAUAGA